AUGAAAACAAUUUGCACAGCAUUUGUAUUUUAUCAAGAUGAUACAGAGACAAAGAAUAAUUUUAAAUUAGUUAUAGAAUUUGCAUUGGUCAGUCAAGGAUGGUUUAAAAUUAUAUCAAAUAGUAUAGCUACAGAACAAAUUGUUUUGAUAUUCAAAGCCACUAGCAAGUUAGAAAAAUCGAUUCCCAAUCUUUCAAAGACUAGAUCAAUCAUUCAGUUCAAAAGUAUUAGAGAUCUCUACUUUCAGGAUCAACCAUAUGAACCAGAUAAUAUCGUUUUGGAUACAGAGAUCAUCGAUUAUAUCUCAAGAUUCAACAAUCUCGAGCAUUGUUCAUUCAAACUAGAAUUGUUUGUAGAUGAAUCUAUCUUUUGGGAGACACCAAGAAAGUUUGACUCGAUAAAGGAUAUCGAUACAUCAGUUAUAGAGAAAGUUCAACUCAAUUACAAUACUUCUCAAGUAUUGUUUGAAGAUUUAUUUCAUUUGGAUUUAAGACCGAUCGAUUGUUGGCGUGUCGAUUCUCUUUACUAUGGAUUCGAUGGAAUUAGCAAAAUAGGUCCAUUUCCCUCUUCCAAUCUAUUUGCAAUCGAAUCACUCAUAUCUGUUAAAAUCUCUAGUUGCAACUAUAUUAAUGUUAAAGAUUUGAAACUGAUCGUUAACAAUCAUAUUGAAUCUUUUGAAGGUUGUCCUCUACUUGGUUGGUUUGGCUACGAUGAAAACGAAGAACUUGAAUUCCAAGAUAUCAGUCAACCGACUACUGCUAACCGAUCAAUGAACACAAUGAAUGACCCUCUAAGAUCGACUCAUAAGAGCUUUUGCGAUUUCUUUGUCAAAGUGUUAUCCAUGUAUUCCAUCUCCGUAAAGCAAGCAUACGAUUGGACCACUGCUACUUUUGCGGCCGAUCCAAAUUCAUCAAGUUUCAACACGUGGCUGAACUCGAAUAAGGUACUUCUUCUUUGCCAACUCGCAUUCGAUACUAUCAAAUCGGCAAUUAAAGAGAAACCAUCGUUGUUCCCACCAAAUUACGAUCUUCCGUUUAUAUUUGAAUGCGACGCUUCCGAUGUCGGUACUGGAUAUCGAUUGUUCCAAAUGGUAGACGGUAAAGAGAAUGUAAUCUGCUACGGUUCCAAGAAAUUGAAAGAUUCGGAAACACGUUAUUCAACACUGGAAAAGGAACUAUUAGCCAUCGUUACUGCGUUGAAAGCCAACUACUAUCACAUCUUCGGCAGAGAUAUCGAGAUUCGUACUGACCAUAAGAACAUCACCUACAUCAACGAGGCCAACAAGAUCGGUAUCAACCAAACUAUCAAUCGCUGGAUCGCACACAUUAAUCUUUACCAACCAAAGAUCAAAUUCAUCAAAGGAAAGGACAAUACGAUUGCCGAUGGUUUGUCCAGAUACACAUUCAAUGUAUCCGUAUCACUUAGUCAUCCAACGAUCGCCAAUGACAUCAUCGACGGUUACCGAAUAGAAGACGACUCGAAUCUUAGUAACGGAAUCACUGAUUACACGACGAUCAACGGUCUCCGAUACACCCACGACGGUAAGAUUAUAGUGCCUAGAGUCAUGUCAAUAGUCAAUAAUUUACUAUAUCAAGCCCACGAUUCUGAAUUCGGUUGUCAUAGGUCAGCCUCCAAAACUCUCCAUUCUAUAUCCGAACUAUACGUAUGGCCGAACAUGGCGGCAGAUAUCAAGAAGUACUGUGAUGACUGUAUCGUCUGUCGACGUGCCAGCGACCAUGCACGAAAAAGAAUUGGCCACCUGAUUCCAUUGCCCAUUCCAGUCAAAUGCUUCCAACGUAUUAACAUCGACUUCAUCCCAAAUCUACCAGUCGAGGAGUACAUGGGUAGGAAGGUUGAUGCUAUAAUGGUCGUCAUCGAUGCUCUUAUCCAAAAUGACCAGACUGAUUCCUUUAGGUUCGGACUAUACCAAGAUGGUAAGAAAAAGAAAUUGGAUGUGAGGUAUGAAGGACCGCGAAAAGUUAGUGGAAGUCGAUAA